AUGCUUUAUGUCACCCAUUGGGUUCACCCAGAUGCGGUGUUCAGUGGGGGAGAGAUUCGCCGAGGAGCUAACCUCCAGCGCAGUGCUAGAAGUAGCUCUGGGUGGUUAUUCGGUGCUGGAUGGAAGAAUAAAGCUCAAUCCUGUUUGAACGAGCGCAGACAAGCCUCCAUCCCAGCGCCUACGUCCCGAUGGGCUCUUAACAUCAAGUACCGGGUGGCUACAUCCUACACGCAGAGUAGUACUGACAUCUGUUUUGAAGUAUAUUCUGAACACUUUCAUCCCGAAGCACCGUCUGAUCUCCUCUAUUCGGAUGGAACGGCAGUUGGGAACGUAACGGGCUUCUUCAAGAUGUCCACUCGUGCGUAUGAAAAGGAGUGGGAAAUCGAACGGAAGCUGUGGAGGUUGACUCCGUUUGGGGUGUGA